UCUCGCCGGAGCGCGAACCGGUUCGAUAACAGCGCAGCUGGCGGUUCGCCGCUCGGCUGUGUCACCUCCAACUGGUUCUUUCAUCUUUCCAUCUUUCUUUUUUGACGUGACCAGCGAGAAAAAUGGUGAAGGUUAAGUGCUCCGAGCUGAGGACCAAGGACAAGAAGGACCUCACCAAGCAGUUGGAUGAGCUGAAGAAUGAGCUGCUCAGCCUGCGCGUGGCCAAGGUGACCGGCGGAGCUCCCUCGAAGCUCUCCAAGAUCCGCGUUGUACGCAAGGCCAUCGCUCGCGUCUACAUCGUGAUGCACCAGAAGCAGAAGGAGAACCUGCGCAAGGUCUUCAAGAACAAGAAGUACAAGCCCCUGGAUCUGCGCAAAAAGAAGACCCGCGCCAUCCGCAAGGCCCUCUCGCCCCGGGACGCCAACCGCAAGACCCUCAAGGAGAUCCGCAAGCGCUCCGUCUUCCCCCAGCGCAAGUUCGCCGUCAAGGCCUAGAGGCGUCCUCCUUCUGUCUAGUGUGCGUUAAGGGUUCUUCGGUCCAUGAAGAAGAAAACAAAUAAAACCUUUUUUUUAAA